GUGUGGCUAGCUGUCUUCCUUCUCCGCUGGCAGGCUGCAUCGAUGUGCCUAGGGCCUGCCUACCCCUGACCAGUCCUGCGGAGUUCCUGUGUGCCCGGCCACCCAGAUCAGGGCAGACCCAGAGGCCUCACCCAUCUCAGCACUGCCUAUUCCUGCAGCACCUCAUGGAGCCGAGCCUGAGCGAGCUGCUAGCCCACAAAGAAGAGGAGUGGCGGGCGUUGCAGGCCCAGCAGGCCCUGCUGCAGGAGGAGGCAUGGCAAGACACCCAGCAGCAGUUGCAGGAGGCACAGGCUGAGCUUCACAGCCUGCGGGAGGACUUUGUCUACAACCUGAAGCUGCUGGAGGAGCGGGAUCAAGAGCUGCAACGCUAUGAUGCUGCCUUUGCCCAGGCCCAGGGGCUGGAGGGGGCACGGCAGGCUGAGCUGAGCGAGCUCAAGAUCCAGGUGGUGAAGCUGCAGCAGGCGCUGUUGGGCCAGGCCCAGAGGGCAGAAGCCCUGCAGCAGCAGCAGGAGCAGGCAGGCCAGGAGCACCGCAUGCAGCUUGAGCGGCUGCACAGUGACAAGAACAGCGAGCUAGACCAGCAGCGGGAGCAGUACGCACACCUCAAGUGGAAGCUGGAGAGGAAGUUGGGGGAGCUGAGCAAUGAGUUGGCUCUGCAGAGGCAGGAGCUGCUGCUGGGGUUCGAGGCUGAGAUGCAGCGGAGGGAGCAUGAAUUCCGCCUGCAGGCCGAUGACAUGAGCCACGCAGUGCUGACGCAUGAGCUCAGGGUGAAGGUGCUGAGCAAAGAGCUGGCGGCCCUGAAGGAGGCAGGUGUGCGGGCCACAGAGUCCCUCCAGGGUGCAGAGGCUGCACAGGCGGAGCUGCAGGAGCAGCUGCAGCACCGGGACUGGGUGCUCCGCGACGUCACUGCAGUCAAGGAUGCCCGGAUAAAAGACUUAGAGGAUCAGCUUCACUCACUGCAACGGACUAGAAAAAGAGAAGAGGAAAUGUUCAAGAGAAGAUACGAGGAGCUGGACCGCCUGGCUAGGGAGAGGGAAGCGGCUCUGGGUGCGGUGAAGUGUGCCCACAAGGAGCAAAUGCAGCUGCUGGAGGCCCGGGCCCAAGAGUUGGAGGCCCACAGUCAGGCCCUGGAGCUGCAGCUGUACCGGGCCGAGGGGAGAUGGGCAGAUGCCACCAAGGAAAAGGACACCAUAAUCAGCAGGCUCCAUGAGGAUGCUGCAGCCCUGCAGUCAGCCUGGGACGCCCAGGUGGCCCAGCUGUCAAAGGAGCUCGUGUCCCGAGACUUGCAGGUGCAGGCACGGUGGGAAGAGGAGGAGAGGCUUAAGGCCCAACUGGCCAGCUGCCAGCAGGAUGUGGACAGGUACCGGCAACAGCUGGCACUGGCAGAGGGCCGUGAGCAGGACCUGCAGCGGGAGAAGGUGCAGCUGGAGCUAGACUGGCAGCGGCGCUGCGAUGGCAUCGAGCGGAACCUGUACCGGCAGUCGGAGGAUCUGGUGCAGGCGCUGACCACUGCCAGAGAGCAGGUGACAGCCAAGCUUCAGGAAGCAGAACACAUGCUGUGUGACCGGGAGGCAGCGCUCAAGGCCGUGAGCCUUGAGCGAGACCAGGCCCUGCAGGCACUGGGGAAACACUCACUUGUCCCCAAGGAGAAGGACCCAGAAGUACAGGUGCCCCUGCAAUCUCAGGAGGGAGAUAUAGGUGACAGCGCCCCUUGCCAGGAGAUCCGCCAGCUCCGGGAGCAGAACGCCACCCUACAGAGUGUCAUCUCCCAGAUGAGGAGGGAAAUGGAAUCGCUGAGCGACCAGGUCCUCCCCACUGCCCAGUCAGAUGGUGAGGCCACUGAGACAAGCCAGCCUGACCCUAUGGCCACCACCACUCCUGGUUAUGUCCUGGCCCUUGAAGCAGAAAUCCAAAGUCUGAAGGAAAAGUUUAAAACGCUGGAAGAACAGCUGGACGCGUUUGAUUCUUCGAAGGCGUCACCACCAUUGGCUCCUGUCCCCACCCAAAUCCUCCCCUUGGCAGAAGCCACAGGAGGCUCUGUACAGGCUGCUGGUGUAGGUGUGGCACUGGCACUCAGGAAGCUGAGAGAGCGGGCACGCCUCGUGAGCUUCCUGGUGGCUCGGCUCAGACAAAAGGUGCUGCAGGAACCCCUGGACCUGGCCACUGUGAAGCAUGACCUGCUCCCUGAGCUGGACCAGGUACACCUGGAGAUGCGGGAGCUGCGUGCACAAGUGUCUGAGCUGGAACAGCACAUCCAGGCAUCGGGGCAGGAGGAAGGGGGCACCACCAGUGGGCUGCGACUCUGCACUUCAGGCCCUGGUGCCCCCAAGAGAGAGGGCCCAGUAGAGGGCAGCCCUGGGCCCAGGUUGCAGCGGCGGCUGAAGGAGGCUGCGCGCAGGAUCUUGCGGCUAUGCCUGGAGCGGGAGCAGCUUCUGGAGCUGGGGAACCGGCUGCGAGCCCAGCGGGGCUGCCCCACAGGAAAGCCUUGCCUUCCUCUGCAUGCAGCCCCUGAGGCCCAGCAACCUUCCCCUGAGGCCCCUCCCCACAGUGGCUCACCUCAGGGACUGCCCCAGGCUACCACUCAGAGGCAGCGCAGAGGCUCCAGUGUGACUUGCAGAUCCACUCGGCAGAAGGAAAACAGGUCCCCAAAGCCACAGUCCUCCCCAGGGCACAGAAAAGAGAGUAGCCGACAUACCCAGACAACAUCCUCCCAGGCCAGCACUUCACUCCAGGACGUGUGGAAGCUGCUGGAGCUGGGGUCCAGCCCUUCAGGCCUCACUUCCCUGGACAGCUCCACUCCAGACAAAAAGAAGCCAUAACACCAUAGAACCAGAAACCAUAUGUAUGCAAGCCCAUGCUGUGCCAGCUGAGCUAUUUCCCAAGCCACUAGGUAUUGUGUGUAUAUAUAAUUUAAUUAUAUAUAUAUAUAUAUAUAUAUAGUUAAAUUAAUGUUCUUUUUAAUCCUUUCUGAGUUCUGUGACAUACUCUACCAUUUAUUCAUCCUGCUAUCUUUUCUUUCUUUUUUUUUUUUCCUUCUGGGGUUAUCACUGGGGCUUGAUGUAUGUAGUUAAAUUAAUGUUCUUGUUUUUUUUUUUUAAUUUCUUUAUUGGGGGAUUAAUGUUCUACAUUUGGAAGUAAAUACAAUAUUUUGUACA